UAUAUAAUAUAAUAUAUAUAAUAAUUCAGCCUAUAUACGUCCCACUGCUGGGCACAGGCCUCCUCUCAUGCGCGAGAGGGCUCGGGCUAUAGUCCCCACGCCUAGCCCAAUGCGUAUUGGGGACUUCACAUUCACCUUUGAAUUUCUUCGCAGAUGCAUGCAGGUUUCCUCACGAUGUUUUCCUUCACCGAAAAGCUAGUGGUAAAUAUCAAAUGAUAUUUCGUACAUAAGUUCCGAAAAACUCAUUGGUACGAGCCAGGAUUUGAACCCGCGACCUCCGGAUUGCAAGUCGGACGUCAUAUCCACUCGGCCACCACCGCUUCAAAACUUCAAAACUAUAUACAGGGUGAUUCAGGAGACGUGAGCAGGAUCAAGCUUGAGCAUUCAGUAAGUUAUAAGCAACUGUUUCGUACCAGUAUUUGUGAGAUUAAAGUUCUUUUAUUUUUUACUGUUCAAUAAAAAAUGUUUUAAUUUAUUUACGCCAUGUAUGGUCACCCUAUUUGUAUUAUCCAUAACAAGUGACAAAUUGAAUGUCUGGUUACUUUUGAAAAAUCGUAUCUCACUCAAGUGUGACAUUUUGUUUUCUUCAUAAUCAAACUGCUGUCAUAACGGUUAAAGAGGUUUUAUCUUUCUUAAUUAAGUGUUGUAGGGUGUCCAUGAUUGUAGAUUAUCAAAUUUGUACUUCCCAAAAAGUUAAAUAACAGAAAUAAAGCGAGAUUGUUUUACUUAAAUAUGAUGAUGAACGGUUCAUUAACAUUUACUGAUUGUGUAGGCUUAGUCCUGCUCACGUCUCAUGAAUCAUCCUGUAUAUUAACUAUAUAUUUGUAAAAAAAAGUUAAAUUGCAUGGAACCCUCGGUGGGUGAGUCUGACUCGCAGUUGUCUGGUUUUUAAUUCCGCUUUUACAGGCAUACUCGUAUUUAUUCGGGUAGAAGUUGUUUACAAACAUUUAUUACGCGUUUUCUCUAACAUUCGUCGAAUAUCAUUUUCCUCCUUGUUAUCGAAAACAAAAACCAUUCUUCUAUUAGAAAAACGUUUACAUUUCGAAGUUUUGUUACAUAAUUGUUUUGUUUGAAUUUCCAAAUAAAUAGCAACGGCUUGUGGUUGAAUCUCAUUCGUGCGAGAGAGCUUGACUAGUUGUCUUGUGUGUAUCUAGAUUCACAUUUAUUUGUUUGAAAUUGUAUACUAAAAUUAUACAAUUAUACUUAUAUUAUACGAAUAUACAGUCGUUUUAUAAGUAAUGAAUAUGUGUAGGCCACGUGGAAAACACAAGUGACAUUAUCGCAAUAGACUUGGAGUGAAGGAACCGACUGAAUUUGAACAUUCAACAUACUUAGUUAAAAGUUUGACUAGUCUUAUAGUUUACUGUGACAAAAUGAAAAUGCUUUUGAUCGUGUUUAUGAUUGCGUAUUUAGUAAACGUCUCUAAUGGAAUAUUCCCAUGGUGGCUAAUGCCGAGGAAAGAACCCUGGUACAACUUCUGGCGUCCUCCGGCGACGAGGACCAGCAUAAUCAUGAACAAACUCUACAACAGAGGCAAGGACUUCGUGCUCUACAACAGAGGACACCAGUUCAAGUUCUGGGAUGGCAUUUUCCGUAUGGCCCACAUUAUGUACCUCGGCAUUUGUCCUGAGAAGGUCACAACCACUUCAACCACCACCCCUUAUCCCGGAUGGAGACCAAGAAAAACAACUGCGAAACCGAAAAAUUGAUGAAAUGUUUAAGUUACCCUUUAGAUGCAGAGGCGUAUUUAAAUAUUUGAGGCUCCGGGCCAAUUAUAUUCGCGGCCCGAUUAAGUAAUGAUGCAGCCUGCCGCCCCAGGUCAUGGCUCCCGUGGCCUGCCCCUGCUUAGAUGAUUGACAUUUGGCAGUCCUCAACUCUGUCUCCAGAAACUUCCUGCCUCACACAGCUAAACUGUGGAAUGAACUGUCGCCUGCGGUAUUUUCGGGCCAAUACAUCCUUCAAGCUUACAAGAAAAGAACGAAUGUACUCCCAUCUUAAAGGCCGAGUACGCAACACAACCCUCAGGCGAUUCAUCUGCUUGGUGUGCUACUAAAUCAUAAAAAGAAGGUUACCUAUGGUCAUUUUCUCGAAGCCGAACGAGAUGAAAGGAAUAUCGUAAAUUCUUAUUCACUCAUUCACCACUAAAAAUACCAAAAAAUAAAAAUUGGAUAUUAUCAAAUGAAAUAAAAUACAAUAUUAUUCCCAUUUAAUGUCACUGGAUUGUAAAUAUUAAAACGCUAGUCAAAUAUCAUUAUCGUCCUCGCGGUAUCCCGGCUUUUUGCCAAAGCUCAUUAAAACAUGGGGUCUGCUUGGCAUGUAAUCUUAAGAAUUGGAGCUGGCACUAGUUUUUACGAAAGUGACUGCCAUCUGAACUUCCAACCCAGAGGGUAACUAGACCUUAAAUAUUGGGAUUAGACCGAUUUCCUCGCGAUGUUUUCCUUGACCGAAAAGCGGCUGGUAAAUAUCAAAUGAUAUUUUGUACAUAAGUUUCGAAAACUCAUUGGUACGAGCCGAUGUUUGAACCGCGACCUCCAGAUUGAAAAUUGCACGCUCUUACCGCUAGGCCACCAACGCUUUCAUAAAAUGCUAGUCAAAUAUAUUAAAUAAAAUUUAAAAAUAAA